AUGCAAAGAGAUCAAUUUGUAUCCAUUUUUAAGAUUAAAAACAAGCCAAUUUUGGCACCUUUGAUAUCUGAAGAAUUACGGCAGAAAAUUCUUGAUAUUCGCAACCAAUGUAAAAUGAAAGAAGAAAAGAUUAAGCAAAAGAAAGAUAUGUUAAACUAUUCCAUGAAAGCUGAAGAAGAGCGAUGCAGUUCGGCUAAUUCUUACACAAUUUCCAAUCCAGUUUUUGCAGUUUCACAACUUCCAGAAGCACUAGAUAAGACUGAUUCAGAUAAAGAGACUAUAAAUGAGGAUACAUCUUCAAUACAAACGGAAUUUAAUGAAGAACAAGGAGAAAGGCAAACAGAUAAUAAUCAAAAAUUAAAAACCGAACAAAAUUCUUGCGAUCUUUUUCAAUUAGAUCUGAAGGAACACAUGAAGGAUCUGAUUGAAAGACAAAAGGAAGAAUAUCUGAAAACCAUGAAUGUUUUGAAAAGAAAAUUCAUAGUUGAACAACAAAAAUUAUUUACAAAACUACAAAAUAAUAUGCAUAAUCUUACAUCCACUCCAUUAACGAAUAACUCCAUUAACAUAACUGAAGACGAGGAAUUUGCCGAAUUUCAGACUUGCCUUCAAUCAUUUGAAAAGACGGAAAGUGAAAAAACAUUAGUUAAUGAAGCUGAUCAAAAGAAUAAAGCUGCAACAAAAAUUACCGCUCUUGCUAGAGGAUAUCUUAUUAGGCGUUUAAUAAAGACAAUAUAUGUGCAAGAGCUUAUAAAAAGUAUUCAAGAUACUUUGCAUUUUGUUUUCAGUUUAAAUCAACAUAAAUUAUGUGGUAGUCCAGUUCAAGAUAUUCUUUUGAAAACCAAGUUGUUUAAGCAGCUUCAAAGUGAUUUACAUCGUUUUAAUGAUAUUUUUCAUCAGUAUUCAACGAAGGAAAGGAUGAGAAUAAUUUCAAAUGAUCGUGAUUUUCGUCGCAGGAAAAUUGUUGAGAAAAGAAUGGAAUAUUUAAAUCGGAGCUUUUAG